UUUCAGAUGGACUUCAUGAAGAUGAGGCUGGUUUACGCUUUCAUUCUGACGAUGGGUGCUCUUUGCUUGUACUUCAGCAUGGAACUUUUCGAGGAACCACCAUUUGUUCUCAAGAAAGGUCACGGGAAGUUUCUCCAGCUUCCAGAUACAGACUGCAAGCAGAAGCCACCUUUCCUUGUGCUGCUGGUGACUUCGUCCCACAAGCAGCUGGAGGCUCGGUUGGCCAUCCGCAAGACAUGGGGUAGAGAGGCAGAGAUUCAUGGGAAGAAUGUGAAGACCCUCUUCCUCCUGGGGGCCUCAGAGAGCCCUGAUGAGAUGAAUGCCACAGCCCAGGAGGGCAAGCAGCACCGUGACAUCAUCCAGAAGGAUUUCAAGGACGACUAUUACAACUUGACCCUGAAGACAUUGAUGGGCAUGGAAUGGGUGCACCACUUUUGUCCUCAGGCAGCUUUUGUGAUGAAAACAGACUCAGACAUGUUUGUGAAUGUUGGCUAUCUGACUGAACUGCUGCUGAAGAAAAACAAAACCUCCAGGUUCUUCACAGGCCACAUAAGGUACCAUCAACUGCCCUUCAGGCAUAACUUAAACAAAUGGUUUGUGAGUAAAUUUGAAUAUCCCUGGGAUAGGUACCCACCUUUUUGUUCUGGAACAGGUUACAUCUUUUCUAGUGAUGUGGCCAGCCAAGUAUACGAGGUCUCUGAGAGUGUUCCAUUCCUCAAGCUGGAGGAUGUGUUUGUCGGGCUCUGCCUGGCCAAGCUGAAGAUCCGGCCUGAGGAACUCCAUACCAAACAGACCUUUUUCCCAGGUGGCUUACACUUCUCUGUGUGCCUCUUUCGGAAAAUUGUGACCUGCCACUACGUGUCACCUCAGAACUUACUCACUUACUGGCAGAUACUGGAGAACUCUCAGGAACAGGAUUGCUCUGAUGUCUGA